AUGACACGAAAAAGAAAGAACGUGGAAUCAGAAGAAAAACCGCCAGCGAAAAAUGCAUUCGAAGGAUAUGGAUAUACGGAACAGGAACCAGUCGAAAAGAAGGAAUUCAAAACAUUUCCAGUUAAAAGUGAAGGAUUUGGAGUUGGAAAUGGAGGUGGCGGAGGGAAUCGCGGUGGUGGACGUGGCAGAGGCGAUGGAAGAUUCAGAAGAAAUGAUAGAAAUGACAGAGGUGGAAAUAGAGAGUUUAGAGCAAGUGACUUCGAAAAACAAUACGGCCGAGUUGGUGGAAAUGAUGAGUCGAGUAGUCAGAAUGACUACUCCACAAACAAUAACACAAACCAGUUCAAUGAUUCACGCCCAGAUGGAGACGGUCGAGAAUUCCCGAAAGAAAUUGUUGGAUACCUGAGAAGUAUUGAGCAAAUUAAGAAAAAAGAAGGGAAAAUUGAAGAUUUCAUUCUGGAAAAAUGCGCUGAAGAAGUUGCCGGACAGGAGAAAGUUCUUCUUGAAUGGACUGAAGCUGCUGUGGUCGUUGAAUCGGUUUUCGGAAGUUGCCCUCAAGGGGCCGCUCUCUUUCUUUCAUCGAUUUCUCGUCUCAAACAUAAAACAUUAGCUGAUUUGAUGUUCGGUGGAGCGAGUGCAAGAACAAUUGAGAAUCUCAUUUAUUCUCUUUGUCCCAUUUCCGACCCCGAACACGUCGAUUUACUUCAAAAACUUUCUGGGAUCCUUUUGGAUAACUGGGCCGAUGCUGUCACUGUUCAACCAUCAAGUUUUCUGAUUCGAGCGAUCGUUUGGGUUUGUUGUGGACUAUCGGCCAAGCCAAAAGUUGGAGAAGAGAAAAAACGUAUUUAUAAAGGACAAGAUAUGAAAUCAAGUUUGAAGAGAGUCUAUGAGAAGUUUGCUCUGUUGGCAUUUGACGAGAAUCUCAAUCAAAAUGCAAUGAAUUCGCAAAGCUUCGUGACAUUGUUCCAAGAUUUUAUUGAAGCCGAUGGUUUGUGGGGAGACAAACGAGGAGAUGAGUACGUGAAGAAGAAAUUGGAAAAAGAAGAUUAUGACGGAAUAUCAAAAGCAUGGUACUCGCAAAAUGGAUCCCGAGUUUGGGAGAAAUUGAUGGAGACGUGUUCAGAAGAUGCAAGAAGUCUGUUGUGGAUCGACUUUUGCAGUAAGAAUGUUGCUGAAUUAACUGACAACAAAUUCUCAAACUUCCCACUUCAAAAAAUGAUUAACAGUUCAACUUCACUGGAAAUGGUCACGGAAAUCAUUGAAGCAAUGUCUCCAAAAUGUUCAUAUUUAAUUGAACAUCAAAACUCAGGAGUUUUUUAUGCUGUUAUCCGAUGUGCUGCCAGAUAUCCGUCUUCUGAAAAGACGAUGCUUCAACAAUUGAGAAAAUACUUCCGGUCAGCUUCUGAAGCGAAAAAAGGUCACUUUUUGUUGAAUGUUCUCACUCUCAAUGGAUAUGAUGGAUCUAAUUUUGAUUCUCAGAAAUUCACACAGAAGGGUACAAUGCUCGUGUCGGAACUCGUCAAUUUCUCGAAAACCAAAACUCUUUCUGCUGGUUUCGAACAGCUCACUGAACAACAAAUUCAGGAAAUGUCGUGUAAUAAGUACACUUCGCGUUUGAUUCAAUCUGUUUUGGGCAGUAAGACAAUGUCAGAAGAAGUCAAAGAAAAGAUUAUCGGUGCAUUUGAUAAAGAUAUUUGGGAGACACUUAUCACUGACACCUAUGGAAGUAGAGUCUUUGAGAAAAUUUGGGAUUUUGUCGAUGUGAAACGAAAGCAAGAAAUCAUGAAAGUUCUUGUUGGAAUUCAUAACACAUCCAAAUUCUGGAAAUUCGCCAUGCUCCGAUGCGAUCUCUACAUGUUCCGAAAGAGUAGGAAAGACUGGAUCGAGAAGAUGAAAAAAGCAAAGGAUUGA